CCCGGGUCCCGCCGCGCCACCGCGCUAGGAAAUGACCUAAGCGGAGGCGAGGCGCCCAGAGCAUGCCCCCCGAGCGGCCUUCGGGCACACGGGCGCGGCGCCGGCGCGGCAGGUGGGUCCCGGCGCUCCCGCCGCCUCUCGAGCCCACGGGAAUGGCGUUUGGGAAGCUGCCCAGGUGCUGUCAUUAGUCCCAACCUAGGGAAGAGUUGCUGCAGCUGGAUGGUCAUGGGGGAGCCCAGGAGAGAGGAGUAUAAAAUCCAGUCUUUUGAUGCAGAGACCCAGCAGCUGCUGAAGACAGCCCUCAAAGAUCCAGGUGCCGUGGACUUGGAGAAAGUGGCCAAUGUGAUUGUGGACCAUUCUCUGCAGGACUGUGUAUUCAGCAAGGAAGCAGGACGCAUGUGCUACGCCAUCAUUCAGGCAGAGAGCAAGCAAGCAGGCCAGAGUGUCUUCCGCCGUGGACUCCUCAACCGGCUGCAGCAGGAGUACCAGGCUCGGGAGCAGCUUCGAGCCCGCUCCCUGCAGGGCUGGGUCUGCUACGUCACCUUUAUCUGCAACAUCUUUGACUACCUGAGGGUGAACAACAUGCCCAUGAUGGCCCUGGUGAACCCCGUCUACGACUGCCUCUUCCGGCUGGCCCAGCCCGACAGUCUGAGCAAGGAGGAGGAGGUGGACUGCCUAGUGCUGCAGCUGCACCGGGUCGGGGAGCAGCUGGAGAAGAUGAACGGGCAGCGCAUGGAUGAGCUCUUUGUCCUGAUCCGGGAUGGCUUCCUGCUCCCAGCCGGCCUCAGCUCCCUGGCCCAGCUGCUGCUGCUGGAGAUCGUCGAGUUCCGGGCAGCUGGCUGGAAGACGACCCCGGCUGCGCACAAGUAUUACUACAGCGAGGUCUCUGACUAGGCCUCCAAAUCAGGCCUCCUCCCCAGCGGCACCGGCCUUUCUUCUACCCCCCCUCCCAGCCUAGCAGUGGCGUCUUCGCCUCUCCCAGACUUCUUCCCUUCCAGGCUCCCAAAAGCACCCGAGAUGUUUCCCACUUACGCGGUGGUCCCGCCCUGAGCACCUUCGCUCCGAUUCCAGGAUUGGGGAAGACACCAAGCACACCUGCCCCACGGUCCCAUCAGCGUUUGGCUCCCCUCACCUUCAACCUGGGCCAGGCAAAGAAGGGCAACUCCUGACAAGCACUGCACUAUGUAACCUUUGGUACAAUAGCUAUCUUGGUGCCUCAGUUUCCCCAUCUGUAAAAUGAGUACCCAGAGCCAUUGGUAGGGUGCUUUGGGAUAUCAAAGGGGAGAAGCAGAGUCACACCAGAAACUGCUUUUUAUAUAUUUUGUACAAGGACCACUUUGGAACCAAGCACGUUUCCUCCAGUUGGUUUUAAUGAAUGGCAAUACCACAUCACAUGCUACACCAGCUCAGGAUGAGAAUUUUCUAAUAAACUUUUUCUGAUACUAAAA